AUGGAGUUUGCUCAACAUAAGAUGCAAGACAAGGAACUAAAUGGGAUUAUGUGUCAAUUGCUACAGUGUGAAGAAGAGUGGCGCAGCUCUCAACCAACCUUUCCCAAAGAAACUAUAAAAAAUUUGGUGGAUAAUCUGGUGGAUAUUUCGUUUGACAAGCCAACCUUUCCCAAAGAAACUAUAAAAAAUUUGGUUCGGUUAAUAAUUGAGAAAAGUGGGAAGUAA